UUUUUUUUUUUUUUUCCUCCUUCUCUUGAUCGAAGAGGUUCAACUUUUGCCCUGAAACUCUUACUCGUCUAUUAUAUGUGGAGGCACACGUUGCUAGGAUCGUGAGAAGCUGUUGCUUGGUAACAAUAUUUCUGCCUCGUUGCCGACCGAAGCCAGUCGAUUCCUCGCCGCUUCACGGAUCAAACGUCCCUUCUCCUCGAAAAGAGCCGAACCAAUAACCACCAAUAACAAAAAUAUAACCUUAGUCGUCCAUGACCUUCAAGAUGAUUUUAAGGGACUUGACGCGCAAAGAACCGGUAAUUCUCACUGUCUCUCCUCGAGUCUCUCCACGUGACCGGAAACGAACGUUGCAUUACCGAAGUAUAAAGUACACCAAAGUAUAGUUUUUGUACGUCUAGUUUUAGUAUUCAACGGGUGGGGGAGGGGGGAAGGAGACUGUAGACCGAAGAGAUGCAAGCGAAGAGAAUAACAAGUGACGAAGAAGGUACUUGACCCAGUAUGCCGCCAGAUAGACCGGACGCGUCAGGCGUGGAGACUGGCAUAGGACUGAGCAGCACGCAGGUUUUCAACUUCGGGGAAACAGUGUACACGAUGAAGGAGAAAGAAAAUGCGAGUGCUUUUGUCGAAACGAAUUCAACCGACGAACUUUCUAUGUCCGACAAGUCUGUCGAGAAGAACAGCCAGUCGGACGAUGAUCUAACCUCAUUGAGCUGGCUUCAUCAGCAGAACUUGUUGAAGGGUUUGGACAUUUCAAACCCCACGAAAGACAUGAAGAACGACAACGCUUUGAAUAACAAUGUCUGCGACGAUACGGCAGACUUCUCUGAGAACACCAAUUCUGUAUCGAGUUUAGACGAUGGUUACUGCCCAGAUAAUAGUGGCAAGAUAAAUAACACGGCGUCGCAUGGUAAUAGUCAAAACUAUCAACAUUCGAAUAAAAAUGGUCAAAAAUCAAUGCAAAUCUUUCAGGAAUCUGUAAAAAGUCAUUACAGCACCUCGCAAAACAAUCAGACGAAGAUAUCCCUGAACAACAAUAAUCUGCCAGUCUCAAAUCGCAACAAACACCCAACUCAUAUACCAUAUGAUCCUCACUUGCAUAGAAACAGUAAACCGCCAUAUUCAUUCUCUUGUUUAAUUUUCAUGGCUAUUGAAGAUAGCCCAGUAAAAGCUCUACCAGUCAAGGAAGUAUAUGCUUGGAUUUUGGAUCACUUUCCAUAUUUUAGGAAUGCUCCGACUGGAUGGAAAAAUUCUGUUAGACAUAAUCUAAGCCUAAAUAAAUGCUUCCGUAAAAAUUUGGGCAAAGGUUCGCUAUGGAUGGUAGACGCCCAGUAUCGUCCAAAUCUGAUACAAGCGUUAUCCCGCGCUCCUUUCCCACCUCCAACCGCUCAAACUUUGUCUUCCCCUGAAAAGCCACAAAAGAAGAAUACCAGUACACGUCUACCUGAUCCCAUUCUCUUUCCAUAUCUCUCCAAAAGACUGGCAUCGAGCAACAUUACCGACAACACAGACACUGAAAUCGUAAACGGAAAAUACCGGAAUCCGAGGUUUUGGUUCCUGUAAUCACCAGAAGCUCCAGUGAGGACCACACUUACAGUUGUAUUACCUCAGUCAGGCAGGAAAGUAAAUAUCCAAGGAAGGAAACAAAUCCCGAUUUUGAUGAGCAGCGAAAAAUAGCGGAAGGCGCGGACGCGCUUUUGAAUCUAGCUGGUGUUACCACACCGCUCAAUCACAAUAAAACGCAUCAUGUACAAGGUAUUAACUCGACGCCAAAGUCCGAGGGUACGUCGAAGCUGAAAAAACGUUCAGCUUCGAAUGAUUAUUCGAACAUACCAGAGAAAAGACGUAAGCAUUGGCCAAAGUGGAGUGAAGGAAAGCGGUAUUUAAAACAAAUUAUAUAA